UCUGCUAUUCAAUAGUUGCCGUAGCCGCUUUUUUUCUAGGCUGAGCCUGCUUUUAAACACUCAUGAGCCGUCACAAGGAGUUUCAGAAGAGUAUCCUUUAUUUUGUUAAUUCACCUAUGCACUUUUUUUUUUAUUGCUCCAAAAUCAUUAUUCUGCCAUUAUCUGUAUCACACUUUUUCAAAAUGCUUCAAUGCCCAUAUUUUGGAACAUUAUGUUUAACUUGCAUUUAUAUUACACACCAUGACUUCCAACUUGAAUUCCUUACAGUCAGGGAAUUGUGUUUCAUUGCAAAACGACAGUGAAUGGUGUCAAGCUGUCGUAUAAUUCAUCACUUCUUUUUUUGAUGAACAACCAUAGACUCUAAACUCUCAAUAUUGAUGAUAAAAUGAAAGAGAUAAUAGUCACAUCACAUAGUCAAAACCCUGUUCAUACCAUAAAAAGUGUUAAUUCCAAAAUAAAUAAAUAGCCGCCUAUAAUUAAGGAGAAGCUCCUAAAUUACAACAGAUAAAAAUAACUAUUUAUCUCUACAAAUAACAUAAAUAAUGACCCCUAUUCAUUGUGCAUCGUUUUUGUUUUUCCCCCUCUUUUUAGGAGUUAAAGUAGACAGGUGAUACUUUCGUACAUCUGAAAUGGUUGCUUGAUCGUAACAAUGUGAAACAAGUCCUAGGACGUGAUUUGUUUGACGUUAGGUCUCAUUGAGUCAGGGUGAUUUUGUUUGGUUUCUCUCUUAUUAGUCAGGUUUCAGAUAAUUGUUUUAUUUAUGGUAUACUUAACCAUGUGAUAUAGGUCAGUCUGUGCCAACAGGAACUACAGAUCAUAGUCAGCAGCAGAAUGACGAAGAUGACCAGAGUUUGGGGAGGAUGAUUUGCUUUGGAUGUGAGUUCCAAGAUAUGUACCGGCUUACAAUUCUCUCAGACUAGUUCAACGGUGGACACUCCGUUAAUGAUUUAUGCUCAACUGGGCCAUCCCAAUCUUGACAACUUGCAGCUACUAGUGCUAAGUCUCUAAAUUGUCUUCUUUAAAUCGUUUCUAUAAAAGAUUGUAUCUCUUCUGACUUGACAUCAUCAGCAACCUCUUCUGGAGAUGUUGCUACUGGCUUCACAGGUGUGCAUGAAUCUGAAGCUCUAUCCUAUCAUUCAUCAGUCUCAACUUCUGCUGGUAUCCAAAACAAAUCUGUGAAGGGUUCUGUACCUAAAUAUUAUCCAAAAUCUCAUGGUUUAAUGAAGCCAAAUAGCUUAAAGUCUACAUAUAGAGAUGGCAGUUUAACCAGCACAUUAUCCAAGAAUAUGGCUGAUGUGAGAAAAGAUAUGAAAAUUCUAAACAAGGCUCCUCAUUUGCCUUCUAAUUUUACAGUAGCCACUCCUUCAAGGACGUAUCACCAAGCGGGAAAAUUUUCAUCAAUAGCCAACCCAAGAAGUCAUGUUUUGCCCCCUACUAACUUCAGGCCAAAUACCUCUACUAACUACAGACCAGAUGGGAGAGUAUCUAGUGUAAAUGAUACUACUACAAACUUCCGGAGGGGAGAAUCUGAAAUGUCAAUGGAAAUGACUCGAGGUCCUCGGGGUCAUUACAACAAUUUCCUUCUACCAUCGUCAGCUGUUAAGGAUGAGUUUGCCAACACAAUAUGUAGAGAUCAAUAUAACCUUUCAGAUUUUCAAACUGAAUAUGAAAUGGCAAAAUUUUAUGUGAUUAAAUCUUUCAAUGAAGAUGACAUUCAUAAAGGUGUUAAAUAUAAUGUCUGGACAAGUACUCCAAUUGGAAAUAAGAAGCUGAAUGCAGCAUUCCUUGAUGCAGAAGCUAAAUUGAGAAAGACAGGUGUGAAGUGUCCAGUCUUCCUCUUCUUCUCGGUUAACGCUAGCAGACAGUUUGUUGGAGUAGCUGAGAUGUUUGGGCCAGUGGACUUCGAAAAAGACAUGAAAUUUUGGAAAUUGGACAAGUACAACGGGUUCUUCCCAAUUAAGUGGCAUAUAAUAAAAGAUGUUCCCAACACCCAGUUUGUGCAUAUCAUCCUUCCAAGCAAUGAGAACAAGCCUGUAACUUUCACUAGGGACACACAAGAGAUUGGACUGAAGGAAGGCCUGGAGAUGCUGAAUAUUUUUAAAAGUUAUUCGGCAAAGACAUCUCUAUUGGAUGAUUUUGACUUCUAUGAGAAGCGAGAGAAGUUGUUUCGUUCCCAAAGGAGUACUAAGCAUCCAAGCCCAGAACCGGAAGCAUAUCGCAAUAACCAUUACCAAAACACUGUCAAAGCAAGAGAGAAUAAAAUAGAGAUGCAAUCAAGUGGUACCGAGCAAGUUACUCUCGUCAGGCUUACAAAGAAUCUCUCUCUCAAUUCCCCUGGAAAACAGGGCUUAAGAUAGCCAGAUUGCUAUAUGGCGCGAAGAGAGGAAGAGAGCUAGAUAUUUACUUCUGCACUCAUUUUAGAGUUGAAGACUUGCAGUUUGGUUUGUUUAGAGCUUCUCACACUCGGUUCUUUUCUAAUUAUUAGUAUAUGAUUUGUGUGCUAUGUCAACAACAUGAUAAUGACACAUUUUAAGGCCGUCCAAAUUUUUAUAAAUUACUUUGAAAUGACGAGGUAUUUGAUAGAAUGGCUCGAUGUCUCCUAUGUUUAUGCACAAUUCAUUGGCUUUGGGCUGUGUCUAUCAAUUUGUUU